UAUUUGUGUGUUGUUAACUGUGAACACACAGGGAUUAAAAAAAUGGACUGGUUCCACUGUAACCAGUGCUUCACGAGGAGGGGGCCGUUGUUUGCCGUGUCCAGCUGUGGCCACGUCUGCUGCGAAGCGUGCAUUAAAUCCAAGCAGUGCAGCGUGUGUGGGGCCAGCUGCCGUUAUCUGCCCAUCACUGAUGAGAUGAAGCCACAGGAAAAGGUGUUUUUCAAGGACCCAGUGAAGCUGAUCCAGUCACAACUGCAGCACAUAUCGCAGAUUGCUCUUUUUCAGAGGACACAGAUGGAGAGAGUCGCAGCGCACUUCAAGCACAGGUCUGUCGAACUGGAAAGGCGCCUGAAGGAAGUCGCUGAGCAGGGCUACAGGCAACUGUCCGAGCUGAAAAGAGAGAAUGCCGCCUUAAAAAAGCAACUCUCAGAGCUGAAAAGAGAGACUGCUGAAUUAAAAAAGCCACUUUCUCAGAGGAGGGUUUCUCCAGGACAGUUUCAGACCGAUGGCACUCAAAGGAUGAUGCUCCCUGUGGCUGUCACCUCCCCAGUUACGCCUCGUUCAAGAACUCUCAGUCACUUUGGCUCAGCAGAGUCCCAGGGCUGGUCCAGAGGCAGAGGUCCCAGUCUCUUCUCCCUCACUACUCCUGGAUCGGCAACCUCCUUUUCCAGCAAUAGUUCUAGAACCCCUACAUCCUUCAGCACCUCUACAAGAAGUGCACAUCAGACUCCCGUUUUGCAGUUCCCGUUUAUGAAUGGAUUUUCAAUACAGUCACCCCGGUGUUAAUGAAAUGUCACUGUGCCAGUGACAAACAUUGGUCCGUUUAGGAGUCAUUAGCUGUUGUGUUCAUCAGGACCGUUGCUGCCUGUUCAGAGAUUCAUAUUGGUGUUUUCCCAGAAACCGUUGGCACAAGUGAUUAAAUGUCAUGUUGAAUAUAGGUACUUUAUAAUGAUAAGCCUGACAUGGACCUUGUACUGAUGAUGUCACCAAGUGGUUCUGUUGAGAAACGGCCAUGCUGACAUGGACCUUGUACUGAUGAUGUCACCAUGGGGUUCUGUUGAGGAACUGCCAUGCCUACUUGUUUCAUACUCAUCCUCUUUUCCUGUCAUUAUAUUUUAGCAUUGGUUUUUCUCAAAGGCAAUUUCAGCCACUCCUUUUUUGCCCACAACACAGAAUUUACACCCAUAGAGUUCAGAUUCAACACAGCACAGACACACAAAUAAACAUUGCGGGCACACAUGAUUAUAAAGGCAAAUCCUUUACUGGUUUCCAGUGACACAAUUGUGCAAAUGACAUUUUUCAAACAGUACAAAAUAUAUUGAAAACACCUGUAAAGGAAAACACUAAGUGUUUUGGACAUUUCCCCACAGCAUAACACUUUUCAUGUCCAAUACAGUGAUGCACACUGCUUUUUCUACGUUCUGGUCAUCUAACUUCUGUCCAGACAUUUCUAGAGAACUCAACUCUGACUCAGUUUAAAGCCAAUUUCUUCCUACUGCACGUCACCUAGAGUGUGGAGUUAUUUUAUUUUGCAACACAAAGCAAUGUAUGAAAUAACUAAUAAAUAAAUGAACUGUUAACCCAAAUGUAUAAUGUUUAUACUAUAAUUCAUCAUCUGAUUUGGCAGAAACAGAAUGGUAAUUUUGCUUUGGAUUCAAACCCUUAACUACUUACACAGUAUGUGGACCCUCCCUCCCAGCAAUCAUCUUAUCUACUUUGCCUAUAUCUUAAACAAAAUCAUGCCCUAGACCUAUUAAGACAUAAGAGAUAUAAAAAUACUGACUGAAUCAAUGAGUGCACAUCAAAAUGAAAACGGACAAUCCUGAUAUUUGUAUGAUAGGGAUGUGAAUGCUGCUUUCUUUGUAAUGUUAAAAAGUUGCAGUUAAAUGCGAAUGACAAGCAAAGUACUGAAAUAGUCAACCAAAUAUUACAGCAGAUUAAAAGAAAGAAAUCAGGAAUGUGCUUCAGAAAUACACUAGACAUUAUUAGGAUUAGAUGGAACAUUUUUAGUUUUCAAUAGACAUGAUCCACGGUUUCACUGUUACGUGAUCAAGAAUGACACUGUUUUAGUUUGGAUUUAAUGAACAUAAUGGCAGCAGGCCCUGACACAAAAGUGCAAGAUGUCAAUUUAAAGUGUACACGUCCAGUGUGCUUUUAAUGAUGCGGAAUUAUUGGCUGUAAAGGAAUGAUGACAAACAGUGAUCAGUCAACAAAUUCAUGAACACAGACAUUUUCUGGAGCAGUUACUUUUCUGCUAUAGUCGGGUACCAAAAGUACAACCAGUUUAAAUUAUACUGCUACAAUAUACUAA